AUGGCAGGGUAUGACGGAAGUCAACGAUAUAAACGAAAUGUAUAUCAGGCCUCGUGGAGUCGUGGGCCUGGGCCCCAGAUCCUCCCAACGCUGCGGAACAAUUAUGAGAUAUUGACAUACAACAAUACCUUGAAAAGCCUCAAGAAAAGCAAGAUGCAGGGUCCUGUGCAGAUGCUGUGGUCCACGGUUGCACUACGUUGCAUCAUAUACAAGAAGAGAAAUGUCGUAAGAGGAAGUAGACCCAGGUAA